AUGGAUAAUAUCAGUAUGCUUGGUACUCCUGGUAGUCAACCUCCCAGCUCCUCAAUUGAUGGACCUUCAGGGGUGGAAGCCCAAACUGUUGAGAAUCAACAGAAUGAGCAACCUCCUACUGCUGUUCCAGCCAAGAAGAGGAAACAGGUUGCUUCCAGAUCACCAGUGUGGGAUCAUUUUGAGGCAAUAAAGGACACUAAUAAUGUGGUUGUAAAAGGCAAAUGCAUUUAUUGUGCCAAAAUUUACCACUGUGAGACAAAAAAACAUGGGACUUCUUCCUUAAGAAAUCACAUGGUUAGCUGUUUGAAAAAUCCUCACUCCAAGGAAACUAGGCAGUCCCUGUUAACAUUUCAGGUUGUUACAUCACUUACAGAUGGUCAGCCUACUGUGGGAGAAAUAGGGACUUGGGUUUUUAAUCAAGAGUCAAUAAGGAGGGCCUUGGUUGAAAUGAUAAUCAUAGAUGAAUUGCCUUUUAGGUUUGUGGAGGGAAUAGGUUUCAGGAGGUUCAUAGCUAUUGCUUGCCCUAGGUUUAUAGUUCCAUCCAGGUGGACUAUAAGUAGGGACAUCCUAGUUGUCUAUGAUGAGGAGAGACUGAAAUUGAAGCAAUUUUUAAGGGGAAGCAGUCAUAGGGUUAGUAUCACUACAGAUUCUUGGACAUCCAUCCAAGGAAUUAACUACAUGGUAGUUACUGCCCAUUUCAUUGAUUCUGAGUGGAAGCUUCAUAAGAAAAUCCUUGCAUUUGUCCCUGUUACUUCUCACAAAGGUGAAUAUCUAGCCAAAGCCCUAGAAAAUUGUUUGCUUGAGUGGGGGCUUAGAGAUGUGUUUUCUGUGACUGUUGAUAAUGCCUCAUCAAAUGACACUGCUAUGGUUUUUCUGAAGAAAAAAAUGUUGUCUUGGGGAUCAUCUACUGUGAGGACAAAGUAUCUUCACAUGAGAUGUAUUGCCCAUAUCUUAAACCUAGUAGUUCAAGAUGGUCUUAAGGAUUGUGAUAGUUCAGUUAAGAAGGUUAGGGAGGUGGUUAGAUAUGUUAGAAACUCUCCUGCUAGACUCAAGAAGUUCAGGGAUUUGGUUGAUUGGUUGAGUAUUGAACAAAGGUCUUCUUUGUGUUUAGAUGUUCCAACCAGAUGGAACUCUACCUAUUUAAUGUUGCAGUCUGCAUUAACUUACCAAAAAGUGUUUGAAUCUUUGGAGUCUGAUUGCUCUUUUAAGUCUGAUUUGGGUAAUUCAAUUCCUGAUUUUAUGGACUGGGAAUCUGUUGGCAGUCUGGUUCAUUUGCUGAAGUGUUUUUAUGACAUGACCAUUAGAAUUUCUGGUUCUUUAUAUGUCACCUCAAACACUUUCUUUACUGAGAUUUCUGAUCUGUACUGCCUAUUGAAAGGCAUGGUGGAAGUUGGUGGGCCAGUUGGUGUGAUGGGGAAAAAUAUGAAGGCAAAAUUUGAAAAGUAUUGGGGUGAUGUGGAAAAAAUGAAUCUAAUGAUAUUUUUUGCAAACAUUCUAGACCCUAGAGACAAGUUAGAGUAUAUGCCUACUCAGUUUAAUCAUAUGUAUGGUGAGGAAAAGGGUCAAAAAUUCUAUGACAAAGUAGUUGCUGGUCUUGCUGAGUUAUUUGAUGAUUAUUCUACAUAUGCCUCUUCUUCUGUCCCUUCUAUGCCUGUCCCUUCUGUGCCUGUGUCUGUACAGCCUACAUCUGCCUCUUCUGUUUCUGUUGGGAAGCCACAACAUUUUCUGAAGUCCCAAAUUAAAAAGCAAAGAUUGGAGUCUGGGGGUAAGAAACAAACUGAGUUGGAUAUGUACUUGAGUGAGGGAAUAGUUGAAGAGGAAGAAUCUUUUGACAUACUUGGAUGGUGGAAGAUCAACUCUGCUAGGUUUCCAGUUCUGUCUAAGCUUGCUAGGGAUGUCCUAGCCAUUCCAAUCUCCACUGUAGCCUCAGAAUCUGCCUUCAGUACAUCUGGAAGAGUAUUGGAUCCUUUUAGGAGUUCUUUAACUCCAAAAAUUGUGGAAGCAUUGGUGUGUACACAAGAUUGGCUUAGAAAGCAAAAUACUCCUUUAUGUAUUGAGGAGAAUCUGGAAGAGUUGGAGAGGUUUGAAAAAGAGUUAAGUGGUGAUGGUGGAAGUGGGAGGUCUCUUGGUUCUACACUUGCUACAAUUCCUGAGUUGCUGAAUGCUGAGUUGCUGAUUUUGGGUGAAUUUGUUUUUGUGGGGCUUCGGUUUAAAGUUUAA